ACGUCGCUACUACUAAAUAUACACCAAAAAUAAACUAAAUUAUUAUAAAAAUCAACGAACAAUUAAAGAUUGAGAUUAUUAAUGAAAAGUCAAAUAUCAAUCAACAUGCUAAAAAAUACCGUCUAUUUUUAUAGAUAUUCCUUGAUGAGAAAUUCUCCUUUAAUGGGUAUCAAGAACCGCUGUUAUGCCCAAACUGGUGAUACUAAAAUAUCUUCAGAUUCUGAACUAGAUUUGAUGAGAAGCCGCCUCAUAUAUCAAUCUAGAAAAAGGGGAAUAUUAGAAAAUUGUAUAAUCUUUACAUCAUUUGCAGACAAAUAUUUAAAAACAUUCAAUUGUGAAGAGUUACAAAAGUAUGAUGCAUUAAUUAACAGUAAAUUUGACGAAUGGGAUUUAUAUGCUUGGUCUAUUGGAUCUAAACCGGCGCCACAAGAAUUCGACAAUGACAUAUUGAAGCUUUUGAAAAACCAUGUACAAAAAAGAUCAUAAUUUAAGUAGUAUAAAUAAAUAUUAUCACCUAUUCAUUUGAUAGUAUUCAUAUUGUGAUAGGAUAUUUUGUUGCAUUAGAAACAAGUGAAUAAUAAGUUAUGCCUAUGCUUUUGACUAAUAUCUUGUAAUUAAAUUAUAAAUUACAUUGUUUUUCCUUGAGAGAAUACCAGAUAACAUAAAUAAAAAAAAACUAUAUAAUGUAAUAUUGUAGUGUAUACUUAUUAUUUACUACUAGUAUUAAUAAUUUAUCAUGAAGGUUUACGAUGCUGUCAACAAAAAUGUAUAUUUUUUUAUUAUAACCUAGACUGUUAUUCUUUAAAAUUUGUUAUUAUAAUUAAUUUUGUUAACCAAAUAAUUGUUUCCAUACAUUGUGUUUUAGUUCCUAAAA